AUGAUAUUUCUUAUGCUGGCAAGAAUAGUUCACACAAGGCAANGAAAAGUGAAACUUGCUAUUGAGAAAUCAAAGAACCAUAAGGCAGGUGUUGGAACCCUAGACUCGAACCAAAAUAUUUCUCGAGGGAGUAAAACUUCUCAAAAUAGAAAGAUUAAGCCAGAUGAUAUUUCUUAUGCUGGCAAGAAUAGUUCACACAAGGCAAAGAAUAGUGGGAAGAGUAUUGUAAAAUCAAAGACUAAAGAUGAAGAUAGGCACGGAGGUGUAGAGGGGUAUGAAGCGCUGAUUAAUGAGAAUAGGGGGUUCAAACCAGUGAAUUCUGGUAGGAAGAGGAAGAGAAUCUAUGCUGACCACAAUACAGGUGAGGGACGAACAAUGCACAGCAAGGUGGAAACGCCCGGUUGGAAGGCAUUGUCUAAAGUUGGGAAGAACAAGCUUAAAGAUGAUAUGGCUGAAGAAAAACGGACCACCAAAGUCAAAUCUCAUGAUAUUCAGCAAUUUGCUAGGAAAAACUCUUCAAUAGGGGGAAGAAUAUCUAAAGAGAAUGAAGUACUUGAUAAGAAAUGCAUUUCUGUUUCUGGAGCCAAGGGAAAGGCUGCUGAUAAAAUAAAAUAUUUUGAAUUGGAUGGUGGAGGGAAUGGUAUGUUGACCAAAAGUGUCAAAAGCAAAUCCCCCUCAAGCAAGCAAUCAGAUCAGAAUGAGAACAAAAAUGCAGCUGAAUUUCUUGCAAAAUAUCCCAAGAAAAAGGUUCACGACAAGAAGAGCUUUACUGGUGAUGCAGAGGUAAUGGAUGGCCGGCUGAAGAAGACAAAGCGAGUAAUACGGAUAGAUCCACACGACAUCACAAAUAAGCGGCUGGAUGAUGCCAUAGUUACUAAUGAUAAUAGCAAAGAGAAGAAGGAAGAUGUGGAAAAAAAUGUUGAAAUGUCAAAAAAUGCACAGUUUCGAGCAAUACAACCUAGCCUUUCUGUCCUUUCGUUUGUGGAAGACAAUUUAUUGGGCCGUAGGCGUGAAAUUGAGUUCAGAAGGGCAGGCUACAACAUUGAACUUUCUGCUCCUCUAGAUAACAUCCCUUUCUCUACGAGCUUAGAAAGAGAGCGAAUUGAAGAAGCGGUCUUUAGGAAUAAAUUAAAAUUUUUUGCUGCUGCAAAGAUUUCAUCUUCAUUUCCCAGUCCUGAUCUUCCAGAGAUUGCAUUCGCAGGAAGGUCAAAUGUAGGCAAGUCUUCUUUACUGAAUUCACUUACCAGACAGUGGGGUGUAGUACGGACAUCGGACAAGCCUGGCCUUACUCAGACAAUAAAUUUUUUCCAGCUUGGAUCAAAGCUCUGCUUAGUUGAUUUGCCUGGAUAUGGGUUUGCUUAUGCGAAAGAAGAAGUCAAGGAAGCUUGGGAGGAGCUUAUAUAUCGUGCCAAGGCAGCAAGUGGCGCUAUGGACUUGAUUGGUCUUGCCUCGGCAUGGUUGUCUGGGAGGAAAUCAAGGCACACUUGCCUGCCUCCUGUUGCAGAAGUUCCUCAAAGCCUCUUCAUUCCAGUGAUCAUGAUGAAGAAUCCAAUAGUGAAAGAAUAUGUCUCAACACGAGUUGGUCUAAAGAGAGUGUGCCUUCUCAUUGACACGAAAUGGGGUAUGAAGCCUAGGGAUCAUGAGCUCAUCGAUAUGAUGGAAAGGUCUCAAACAAAAUACCAGAUUGUGUUAACAAAGACGGAUUUGGUAUUCCCAAUUGAUGUGGCACGCCGUGCAACGCAAAUUGAAGAGAGCCUCAAAGCAAAGAAGUCUGUUGUGCAGCCUGUGAUGAUGGUAAGCUCAAAAACUGGAGCUGGUUUCCAAUGUUUAAGAACGGCGCUUGCUAAGGUGAAAGAAUAUGUCUCAACACGAGUUGGUCUAAAGAGAGUGUGCCUUCUCAUUGACACGAAAUGGGGUAUGAAGCCUAGGGAUCAUGAGCUCAUCAAUAUGAUGGAAAGGUCUCAAACAAAAUACCAGAUUGUGUUAACAAAGACGGAUUUGGUAUUCCCAAUUGAUGUGGCACGCCGUGCAACGCAAAUUGAAGAGAGCCUCAAAGCAAAGAAGUCUGUUGUGCAGCCUGUGAUGAUGGUAAGCUCAAAAACUGGAGCUGGUUUCCAAUGUUUAAGAACGGCGCUUGCUAAGGUUGCUCGUUUCUGUGGGGCAGAUGUUGUUGGAAUAGAAUUUGAUGCACUACAUGUUUCAGUUUUGAGGUCUCAAACAAAAUACCAGAUUGUGUUAACAAAGACGGAUUUGGUAUUCCCAAUUGAUGUGGCACGCCGUGCAACGCAAAUUGAAGAGAGCCUCAAAGCAAAGAAGUCUGUUGUGCAGCCUGUGAUGAUGGUAAGCUCAAAAACUGGAGCUGGUUUCCAAUGUUUAAGAACGGCGCUUGCUAAGAUUGUGUUAACAAAGACGGAUUUGGUAUUCCCAAUUGAUGUGGCACGCCGUGCAACGCAAAUUGAAGAGAGCCUCAAAGCAAAGAAGUCUGUUGUGCAGCCUGUGAUGAUGGUAAGCUCAAAAACUGGAGCUGGUUUCCAAUGUUUAAGAACGGCGCUUGCUAAGAUUGUGUUAACAAAGACGGAUUUGGUAUUCCCAAUUGAUGUGGCACGCCGUGCAACGCAAAUUGAAGAGAGCCUCAAAGCAAAGAAGUCUGUUGUGCAGCCUGUGAUGAUGGUAAGCUCAAAAACUGGAGCUGGUUUCCAAUGUUUAAGAACGGCGCUUGCUAAGGUUGCUCGGUUUGCAAAAUUGUAG